UGCUGGGUGGCUCUGAUGUAUUUGCACGCUCUGCGAAUAACCCUGUUGUCUUGUUCCUCAGAAGAGCCAGUCCUGCUAGCAGAGCUGAAGCCUGGGCGACCCCAGCAGUAUGACUGGAAGUCAAGCUGUGAGACAUGGAGUGUUGCCUUUUCCCCUGAUGGUGCCUGGUUCGCCUGGUCUCAGGGCCACUGCAUCGUCAAGCUGAUCCCAUGGCCUCUGGAGGAAGCUGAGCUUGGCUGCAGAACGAUUGAGCAUAAGAGCUGUAGCACCAAAGCUGACACACGAGGCCGAGGUGGUGCCAAGGAGAAAACACUGGAAUGUGGUCAGAUCGUUUGGGGUUUGUCCUUCAGCACCAGGGAGCAAGAUGGCUUGCAGGCUCCCAGCCCCUCCUGCCUGAUCCUUGCUACAGGUCUCAAUGAUGGGCAGAUCAAAGUCUGGGAGGUACAAACAGGGCAUUUGCUUUUCAAUCUCUCUGGGCACCAAGACGUGGUGAGAGACUUGAGCUUUACUCCCAAUGGAAACCUGAUCCUGGUCUCUGCAUCCCGGGACAAGACCCUCCGUGUCUGGGACCUGAGCAGAGAUGGUAAGCAGGUCCAGGUGCUGUCUGGCCACACGCAAUGGGUAUACUGCUGCUCCAUCUCCCCUGACUGCAGCAUGCUGUGCUCUGCUGCUGGAGAGAAAUCGGCCCUCCUGUGGAGCAUGCGGUCCUACACCCUCAUCCGGAAACUGGAAGGGCACCAGAACAGUGUGGUGUCCUGCGACUUCUCGCCAGACUCGGCCCUGCUGGUCACUGCUUCUUAUGAUGCCUGUGUGAUCAUGUGGGACCCCUACACAGGGGAGCAGCUAAGGACACUCCGUCACGAUCCGCUGCACUCGGCAUUGGACUAUGGUACUGACAUCCAUGCCAGCUCCCUGAGGUCUGUGUGCUUCUCUCCUGAAGGCUUGUACCUGGCAACAGUGGCAGAUGACAGACUCCUGAGGAUCUGGGCAUUGGAACUAAGAACUCCAGUUGCAUUUGCACCUAUGACCAACGGCUUGUGCUGCGUGUACUUUCCACACGGUGGUUUUAUCGCCACAGGGACCAGAGAUGGCCAUGUCCAGUUCUGGACUGCACCCAGGGUCCUCUCAUCCCUGAAGCACUUGUGCCGUAAAGCUCUCCGCACCUUCCUAACUACUUACCAGGUCUUAGCGCUACCCAUUCCCAAGAAAAUGAAAGAGUUCCUCACGUAUAGGACUUUCUAAACCCUGCACAGGGACCAAAAAGACAGGAAGCUAGCUGGCUUCCUUCCUCACAUCCAUGCCAGGCCUUGGAAUGGAGGAUCUACCAGAGUCAUGAAGACCCACUGGGACUUGCAAGUGUUGAGGCAAGAAGGAUUUUUGUUCCCAAGUCCAGGGCUGAACAUGUAGGCUAUCCGAGUAACAGAACCCAGCACAAACACAAGCACUGGGCUGGGAUUGCUGGAUCUGCCUGACACUCAGCAGACAGGUCCCUCCCCACGACAUCUGUGUUUCCAUUCACUAGGUACUGUCUUGGAAGAUUGUGUAGUGAAUGCUGGGGAGGAGGGAGAUUUGUGGAGUCUUUGUCACUGUAGUGGAAAUGCAAAUUCAAACCCCCACUUUCCCAAAUGAGAACUUUUGCAUCCUAGACUGGUACUAAACACAGCAGUGACUUGUAUUCAUCUUUUUUUUUCCCCUUGGCCUGGUUCGUAGCUGGAUGAACCCAAACAACUCUUUGCAUGGAAGAGGGCAGACUUAAAUAAAAUUGUUGAGUCCCCCA